AUGGGCCAAACGGAGAAAGACGUCGAGGCGGGACUACCUCUCGCGCCUGCCCCGGCCGGCGAUGCCGAUCCCGGCCCACCUGUAUCGAAGGAGGCGGCUGCAGUUCCCGAACCACCAGCCGUGGGCCCGGUUCCUGAUGGCGGCCUCGAGGCGUGGCUCCAGGUCGCUGGAUCAACAGCUGUUCUGGCCUGCACAUGGGGGCUCAUCAACACCUUUGGAGUCUAUCAGUCGUACUACGAGGCCGACCUCCUUAAGUCCAAUUCGGCGUCCGAGAUCUCCUGGGUCGGCAGUGCCCAGGGCGCUCUGCUCCUCCUGGUAGGCGUCAUCGCGGGCCCGUUGUUCGACGCGGGCUAUUUCCGCCAUCUCCUGGUGGUCGGGCUCUUCCUCAUCGUGUUUGGGCAGUUCAUGACCUCGCUGUGCACCGUGUACUGGCAGGUUCUUUUGGCGCAGGGCUUCUGCGUGGGCAUUGGCAUGGGCCUGACGUUCUUGCCGUCGGCCGCCAUCCUGAGCCAGUACUUUGCCAAGCGCCGGGCCCUGGCCCUCGGCAUCUCGAGUGUCGGCUCGCCCGUCGCCGGCAUCAUCUUCCCGAUCAUCUUCAGCAGACUCCAGCCGCAGAUCGGGUUUGGGUGGGCGACCCGGGUCAUCGCCUUCAUCCUGCUCGCCGUCUCGAUCCCGCCCGUCAUCUUCAUGCGCACUCGCGUGCCACCGAGCGGAAAGACGCGGUCCAUAAUCGACAUGACCGCCUUGCGCGACGGUCCUUACGUGGUGUUCGUUCUGGGCAGUCUCUUCUCGUUUCUGAUGCUUUAUGUGCCCUUCUUCUACCUCGCCCUCUUCGGAACGUCGCACGGCAUCGCGACGCCUGACUUUGCGCCGUAUCUGGUGACGCUGCUCAACGUCGGGUCCAUCUUGGGACGGCUAGUGCCAAACGCCCUGGCUGAUGGCUGGGGCUGCAUGAACAUGCAGAUAAUCUGCACGCUCGCAAGCGCGGUGCUGGCGUUCGGCUGGAUGGGGAUCCACAACCUAGCUGGCGCUGUUGUGUUUGCGCUGCUUUACGGCGCCUUCUCCGGCGGCGUGGUCAGCCUGAUGCCGACCGUCAUUGUUGGACUCUCUCCUGACAUGGGGAGAGUCGGGGCGAGGCUGGGCACGAGCUUUCUCAUCUCUGGUGUCGCCAUUCUCGUCGGGACGCCAAUCGCAGGCGCGAUCCUCGGCGACCGAACCGAGGCACGUUGGCUGGGCACCAUGGGGUAUGCAGCAGCUGGCCUCCUCUUGUCGGCUCUCCUUACCUUGGUCUCGAGAGCCAUACUCUAUAGAAAGCAUGGGCACUGGAAGGCCUGA